UAGGUGCCGACCAGUUGCAGAAAUCAGAUAGGCAGCUGCUUCCAGAAGAUACAUCUCCUGAUGGACAGGGAUGUUGUGCAAUUUGGGGAGAGCAUCACCCAGCUGUGGGCUGGCGGUGGGGAGAACACUUGUGAUUAGACUCCAGGGUGUCACCUCAGCAGAGGAGAAGCUCGCAAACGGUGACGGUGAUGGCUUUCCGACUCAGGGGACAGUCACCAGAGCCCCCCAUGGCAGGACCGGGCAACAGCAUCCAUGGUGGCCAACCCCUCCUUCUGCUUGCCCGCAGCCACCGGCAUGGGCGGCGAUGACACUGUCACCGCUGAAGUCUGCAAGGAAGGUGACAUUGGGGAUGGAGAGCUCUUGGAGGUGAUGGUGGCCGGUUACCCAGUGCUGCUGGUCAGGAACAAGAAGCAGUUCAGUGCCUUGGGCAGCAAGUGUCCCCACUAUGGCGCCCCACUCAGCAAAGGAGUAUUGAGAGGGGAGAGGCUGCGCUGCCCGUGGCAUGGCUCCUGCUUUAACAUCAAAACUGGAGACAUCGAGGAAUACCCUGCUCUGGACUGUCUUCCUUGCUUUAAGGUAACAGUGGAAGAUGGAAAGGUGUUUGUUACAGCAAAAAAGAAGGAUCUUGAAAGCAGUCGGAGAGUGAAGGACACAAGCAUGCGAUGCCUUCUCAACUACGACACGAUGCUGCUUCUGGGAGGAGGUGUGGCUGCCCUCGCGUGUGCAGAGACACUUCGCCAAGAGGGCUUUACUGGCAGGAUCAUCAUGGCCACCAAAGAGAACCAUGUUCCGUAUGACAAAUCCAAACUGAGCAAGCAAAUGAACUUGAAAGCUGAGGAUGCCUACCUCAGGAAACCUGAAUUCCUUAGUGCUCGUGGUAUAGAGAUGUGGACAGAGAAAGAGGCAGUGUCGGUGGAUUUCCAGAAGCAGAAGGUCCGCUUCAUGGAUGGAUCUUCACAGAAGUACCAUCAGCUGCUCAUUGCAACAGGCAGCCAUUCCAGCUACCUCAAAGUUCCCGGUGCAGACCUGCAGAACGUGUGCAUUCUCCAAACCCCAGAAGACUCUAGAAAGAUCUUAGAGCUGGCAACUGGGAGGAAUCUGGUGAUCGUAGGAGCUUCAUUCAUAGGAAUGGAGAUCGCUGCCUUCCUCUCAGACAAGGCUGGUGCAGUCUCAGUGGUGGAAAAAAAGGAGUUCCCUUUCCAGCAUGCGCUGGGUCCUGAGGUUGGAGGUGUCGCCAUGAAGAUGCUGCAAAAUAACGGGGUGAAGUUUUACAUGGAAACAGAACUCCGUGAGCUGAAAGGAAAGGAUGGAAAGGUCACAGAGGCUGUUCUUUCCAGUGGAGAGAAUAUACCUGCCGAUGUGGUAGUGGUGGGAAUAGGAGUGGUCCCCAACUCCACAUUUCUGAAGGGCACCUCCAUCGCCAGAGAUGACAGCAGCGCCAUCCUGGUGGAUCUACACAUGCGAACCAACAUCCCAAAUGUCUUCGCUGCUGGGGAUGUGGUCUCCUUUCCUGUAGAGCUUCUCGGCUGGGAACAGUCUAGCAUCCAUCACCAACAGGUGGCAGAGGCCCAUGGUCACAUUGCUGCCUUUAACAUGCUGAAGAGAGAGAAGAAGCUGCACAUUGUCCCCUUCUUCUGGACCAGGAUGCUUGGCAAAAGCAUCCGCUAUGCAGGCUGCGGGAAGGGAUACACGGACACUGUUGUGAAGGGCAGCCUGGAGCAACAGAAGUUCUUGAUCUUUUACAUCAGGGAUGGCUUCGUGACUGCAGCCGCCAGCCUGAACUGUGACCCCAUGGUGUCCCUGAUUGCAGAAGUUUUAUACUCGGGGAAACAAAUCUCUAAAGAAGAAGCAGAGCAGGGACCUGCUGGGCUGGACAAGAGGAGGACGCUCAGGUCCUGGGGCUCAGCUGAGGGUCUGAGCAGGCAGAAGCAGCCACACGUUCACAGAUCCACCAGCCCCUCCUGCUCCUCUCGCUGGCUGUUGGCAGGGAGCUUGGGUUCAGCACACCGGUCACGCUGACCUUCUGCUUUGCAAAAAGCACUUUUUCCCAGCAAGGGGAGCUGUGACCAAGG